UUAAAUGAAUGGACUACGUGAGCUGUCGUGUAACGCUUUACAUUUACGUUUUCAGUUAACAGGCAACUAGCCUACCGUGUUCUCUCCUUUAAUCUUCAAAAUCUUGACUUUCAGUUACAUUACAGCCCUUUUUAUUAUUCUAUUUUUGUGUCUGAAAACUGAACUAAGGCAUAACACAAACCCUGUUCGUUUUAUCUCGUAAAUGGCCCACUAUUAGUGUUGUUUGAGUAAAGCGCAUUAAUUCUUAUGAACAAGAAACAGAACAUCUGAAAUAUAUGCUGUUCUCAAGAUGGCAUCUAUUAAAGAGGAGAUUGAAGACGUGAGCAUUUCAGAAACAUUUAGAGUGAAAAAUGAAGAUGCAGAGGAUGACACAGACCUGGUGGUGAUGAAAGUGGAAAGUCAAGAACUGUAUGAAACGGAGGAGGAAGAUCCAUACGGUAAACAUCACGGAGAAAAAAAUUGCUUGCAGACUGAAAAGGAGCCCUCUCAAAACAAAUAUCGAAAGAAAAGUUUUAAAAACUGUUACAUCUGCCCUCAAUGUGGCAGGAAUUUCACUUAUGAAAAAAGCCUUAAAAAACAUGAGUUAAUGCACAAUGUACAGAGCCCUUUCACCUGCCAACAGUGUGGGAACAUUUUCACUACGAAUGGAAGCCUUAAAAACCACAUGAGAAUUCACACUGGAGAGAAGCCUUUCACAUGUAAUCAGUGUGGAAAGAGUUACACAAGAAGCAAGACCUUAAAGGAUCACAUGAGGAUUCACACUGGAGAAAGGCCUUUUAAGUGUGAUCAGUGUGGAAAGAGUUACAUACGAAGCAAAACCUUAAAGGAUCACAUGAGGAUUCACACUGGAGAAAGGCCUUUUAAGUGCGAUCAGUGUGGAAAAAGUUUCAUACAUAAAGUAACCCUUAAUUUACACAAGAAAAUUCACUUAAGAGAGAGCCACUUUAUUUGCCAUCAGUGUGGAAAAAGUUUCAAAGACAUAGAACGCCUUAACAGGCAUGUGAUAAUUCACUCUGGAGAGAAGCCCUUCAAGUGCCAGCAAUGUGGAAAGGGGUUCCAAAUAAAAAACAAUCUAAAGGCACAUAUGAAAUGUCACAUCGAGGAAAAGCCUUUCAAGUGCCAUCAAUGUGGAAAGUGUCUAAAACACGAAACAUCCCUUAAUUACCACAUGAGACUUCACACUGGAGAAAGGCCUUUCACCUGUCUUCAGUGUGGAAAGAGUUUCAUUCUUGAAGGACAACUUAGUCGUCACAUAAGAUACAUUCACACUGAGGAGAAGCCUUUCGUGUGCCAUUACUGUGGAAGGAUUUGUGAAAGCAAAUCAAACCUUAAGAUUCACAUACAAGUUCACACAGGAGAAAAGCCUUUCUCUUGCCCUCAGUGUGGAAAGAGUUUCAUACAUAAAGGUCUCCUUAAUUAUCACAUGAGGCUGCACACUGGAGAAAAGCCCUUCAGCUGCCAUCAUUGUGGAAUGAGUUUCAGAUAUAAAGGACUUCUUAAUGGUCACAUGAGAAGUGUUCACACCAAUGAGAAGCCUUUUACGUGCCAUCACUGUGGAAGGAUUUGCGAAAGCAAAUCUAAACUUCAGAUUCACAUGCGAAUUCACACUGGAGAAAAGCCGUUCUCCUGUCCUUGUGGUAAAAGUUUCGCACUUAAAGGAAACCUCACUGCUCACAUGAGGCUUCACACUGGAGACCGGCCUUACAUGUGUGUUCAGUGUGAGAAGAGUUUCGCCUAUCUAAGACAGUUGAAAAGUCAUUUGCAAACUCAUUUUGGAGAGAAAUCCCAGUGUUCUGAAUGUGGCAAGAAGUUUGCAAAAACAAGCAAUUUCAAAAAUCAUCUGCGCAUUCACUCUGGACUAAGGCCGUUUAAUUGUGAUCAAUGUAAUAAAAAAUUUAUUUUGCAAUCACACUUAGAGAUACACCUGAAAAGUCAUGCAGACAAGAGACCCUAUUUGUGUUCUUUGUGUAAAAAGAGAUUUAAAUGGCUGUGCAAUUUAAGAUCGCACAAGAGAUUUCAUAUCCAUAAACCUAUUUCCAAAGCAACCUACUUGAAACGAAAACAACAAAUCCAUGCUGAAGAAAAACCUGACACUAUAAAAGUGGUGGUCACGUGAUGGCACCUUAAUUGUGUUAAAGUCGCUGCCCUUGAUCAGUUUUAAGUCAUGUUUUGGAGCUACAAAGUGUCAUGGCUGGACAUUUCUGAUACUGUUGUGGGGUUAUGAGUGGGGAUGGAGGAGAUACUGUAUCACCAGGUUUUUUUUUUUCCUUUUAUUUUUUUAUUUUUAUUUUUAUUUUUUUGCAGUUGUACUUGUUUGUAUGGGCAAAACAUUAAUCCACUUGAAAAUAUAGACCCUUUAUACACAGUACAGACCAAAAGUUUGGACACACCUUCUCAUUCAAAGAGUUUUCUUUAUUUUCAUGACUAUGAAAAUUGUAGAUUCACACUGAAGGCAUCAAAACUAUGAAUUAACACGUGGAAUUAUAUAUGGAAUUAUAUACAUAACACAAAAGUGUGAAACAACUGAAAAUAUGUAAUAUUAAAUAUGUAAUACCUUUUGCUUUGAUUACUGUUUGCACACUCUUGGCAUUCUCUUGAUGAGCUUCAAGAGGUAGUCACCUGAAAUGGUCUUCCAACAGUCUUGAAGGAGUUCCCCGAGAGAUGCUUAGCACUUGUUGGCACUUUUGCCUUCUGUCUGCGGUCCAGCUCACCCCUAAACCAUCUCGAUUGGGUUCAGGUCCGGUGACUGUGGAGGCCAGGUCAUCUGGCGCAGCACCCCAUCACUUUCCUUCUUGGUCAAAUAGCCCUUGAUGCCUUGAGUAUGACUCUACAAUUUUCAUAGUCAUGAAAAUAAAUAAAACUCUGAAUGAGAAGGUGUGUCCAAGCUUUUGGUCUCUACUGUAUAAGUAUAAUCAAUUCUACAUUUAACUCGUUAAUGUAUUUCAGUAGCUUUCUAGUGAGAUGGAUAUAUUAAAAUCUCACAUUUGACUUUAUUUUAGUCUGCAUCAGUUUAGCAACUAGUAAACCAGUUCUUCUUUAAGAGUAGGUAGGGGGCUGUGUGGAGUAGCAUACCAAUUUAGUGAGUGUAAAUCCUUUCAUUUAAAUGUGCUUGUAUGAAUAGCCUCUAAACUCUUCUGUUGUGUUUGUUUUGUGUUUGUUGACUAUUCAUGGCUUCAUUUUCCUCUCUUGAAUUCCUAACAUUUUAAGUCAGCAUUCAAACACAUAACAUUUUAGUGGAUUUAUAGCCUGUCAGUAAACAUUACAGUGCCACCUUCAGGCUGAAUUAAACAAGGAUACUAGACCUCUUCCAAAAGUGUAUCUGCAUGUGUUCAGUGAUUAAAAACAAGUGUCCCAAUUCGUCUUCAUGCAUUAUCCCAAUUCACUGUGGCAAGCUUAUAAUAUUAAUUCAAAUUUUGCACUGUCGAGUCAGUCAUUUCCCACAUUAUUUUUGUGUCUUCUCAUCAUUUCUAUAAACGUGUCCAGUUAUUAUGUGUGUGAUGCAUGUUGAUACAAUAAAUAGUGUUGUUUGACAAGCUAGGAAACUGUAUAUAUGAAUGAUGUUUUUAAUGCUUUCCAUUCCAUCUAAACAAGGCCUAAGUGUUUUUUUUUACCAUCAGAAUGUUUCAUGUACUUUUUAUUUUUUUUACUAUUUAUGCAUAUGCAUGCUACUAUUCAUAAUGUACUUUUUUCAAUGUUCUGCCUUUUCUACUUUUCUCUGAUAUUCAGAAUAACCUAAACUGUAGGCUAUGUAUGGACUCAAUCUGACAAAUCAGAAAAUGUCAAGUUUAAAAUAAAAAAGACUUGGGAUUUCAGUCAUGAAUUUGCACGACUUUGAAACAAUGGUUAAAAAUGAAUAGACUAUGUCUAUUAGUGAGAACUGUAAACAUGACACAAGUGAGAACAAUGAAGAAAAAAAAUGCAGUAAUAUUUUAGAUGAGUUUUGGCAAUUGUGCCCCCAGCGGUCUUAGUGUUAGUGGUUUUGGGAAGCAAGCACACACUGCACACACAGACAGUGGUAGUUUAUGUAUAGCUACAGUCAUUUUUAUGUAAGUCAGAUUACAGAUGUUCUUGUGCUUUUACAGAUGUGCUUUUAACCAUUUGCCGUUGAUAAUAGUAAAGGCUAUAUGAACUACUAAAAGUAGAAAACGUUUAGAGCCAUUUCAUUACAAAAUACUGCAACUUGUGCAACAAUAUAGCUGUAAGAUGUGUUUCAUUCAUCUAUUUUCAUUUUGUCGUUUUAUUCAAAUAAAAAGGCCUUCUCGGAAGUGAAA